AUGUUUUGCUUAUUGAAUUUGCCUCAUGAAGUGUUGCAGGUCGUCUUCCUCCACAUCAACCAACACCAAGUCUUGGCACUUGCCCCACUACAUUCGAGAUUUUACUGCUUAGCGAAGCCAAAAUUGUAUCAGAAUAUUCAUGUCUACGAGGCGUGGCCAUUAAAGGGUGAAGAAGAAAAAGGAGGAAACCUUCGAUUCAAGUUCCACAAGGGCAUCAACAACAUAAUAGCCAAUCAAUAUACCAUCGUAUCAAGGCACAAUUAUGAAAAGUACUUAUCUCAAAUGAGUAGCGACAAAAAGAUUGAUCAUAUUAUUUUAAAAGACUUUCAUCAGUCACUUCUGGUACGCAUUUUGAAACACUUUAGAUCAAUUCAGCGCUUUGAAAUGAUUCUGGCAUUCCACAAUCGCUAUGAAGACUUUUCCGAGUUACACGAUGGACUGAUCGAAUUCAUGCUUUUUGGAGAAGAUGAGGAGAUCCUUCCAUACGUUUUAAUCAUCACUACAGAGUUUAUACCUGCACCUUACUACCUAGAUGCAUGGCUGAUUUCAGCCUGUAUUCAAACUUCGCUUAAUGUUAUAGUUUACUGCAAUACAAAUAGGAACUACAAUUAUUUGGAUUUGUUUACAUUGAUUACUUCAUUGACAAUUGUGGUAAUGGACAACUAUAAGUUCGAUGGUAGACAAAAUCUAAGAUUGCGAAAGUUACACAUUCACCAAGUAGAACCGUAA